GUAUUCAGAGUUUGAGUGUAAAGAACAAAAUCAGGAAUGGGGAUUAUGUGAUGGGGCACACCCCAAUGAUUUAUUUCCCCUGUGGUUACAUGAUUUGAUGGUAUGCCAGGUCGUCUUUUCACAGUCACCCUACACAUAUUAUCAGAUCUCACAACACCUGGAAUUUAAAUGCACGCGAUGUAUGUUGGAUGGUCAUGAAUCUAUAGGAUCAUCGGAGGAUCCCUAAAGUGAGGAUACAUUUGAUGUUUACGACCUUUGGAAAUCGAGGCACCAUGCACUUAGGGUUGUGUCUGAGGGUGCUGAUACUGGUUGCUCUCACAGUUCCCAUCAGAGCAGCUCAACCUGCCCAGGAGACAUUCACCUUAACUGUCCCUAAUGGUCCAACCUCGACCCUGUCUGGCUCCUCGGUCUCUCUACUCUGUCAAGUUUCACCUCUCUUCAAUGUGGAGCCAUUGGAGGUGCGCUGGUAUCAUUCCAGUAACAUUCACAGUCCUGCCUUGUUGUACAAAGAUCACAAGAUCCAGGAGACCCCUGUUGUCCCCCGGUACAGGGGCCGGGUGUCUCUAACUGGGGGGAUGGAGAGAGGGAACGUUUCCCUGACACUGGAGAGGGUCACACUGGAAGACAGGGGGGAGUAUGUGUGUCAAGUCAGCAGUGAACAGUGGUAUGAAAAGGCCAGUGUCUUCCUCACAGUGAAUGUAACAGGUAGAGAACCAGUUCUCUCUGUAGCUGAAGCAAGAGGAGGAGGAGGAGGUCAGGUGAACGUUACCUGUUCAUCAGAGGGAUGGUCACCACAACCUAAACUCACCUGGAGAAACAAAGAUGGAGCAGAGAUCAGAAAUGAACAAGAAGUGCUCAACACUUCUGAUCCCCAGGGCUUGGUGAGUGUCAGUAGUUGGCUGCUGUAUGCUUGCUCAUACUCCGAUUGGCUCGCCUGUACAGUCUCUCUGUCUGAGGAGGCGAAGAGAGAGGGCAGAAUUCUGCCACAUAUAUACACAGCUCCUACAGCUGUACCUGGAGUCUACAAAGAGGCCUUAAUUGUGACUCUGAUCCUGUCUCUGGUCAUCAUCUGUGCUCUGUGCUCUGUCAUCCUGUGCAAACGAAGAGGGUCCAUGUGGUCUUCAUCCCAAAAGUCCAGAAACCGUUCCGAUCAAGCUGAGCUGGGACAGAGGCCGGCAGAUCAAACUGAGCUAGGAAAGGGGCCGGCAGAGACAGAACACCUAAUUAAAGGGGCAGAAAACACAGUGCAGACACCUACUGAACAGAGAGCAGCUGGUGAAGAAUUCAAUCUGGAAGCGGCAGAAAACACAGUGCAGACACCUACUGAACAGAGAGCAGCUGGAAAUGAUGUUCAUCUGAAAGGGUCAGAAAACACAGUGCAGACACCUACUGAACAGAGUGCAGCUGGAAAUGAUGUUCAUCUGGAAGGGGCAGAAAACACAGUGCAGACACCUACUGAACAGAGUGCAGCUGGAAAUGAUGUUCAUCUGGAAGGGGCAGAAAACACAGUGCAGACACCUACUGAACAGAGAGCAGCUGGACAUUAUGUUCAUCUGGAAGGGGCAGAAAACACAGUGCAGACACCUACUGAACAGAGAGCAGCUGGUGAAGAAUUCAAUCUGGAAGGGGCAGAAAACACAGUGCAGACACCUACUGAACAGAGAGCAGCUGGAAAAGAUGUUCAUCUGAAAGGGUCAGAAAACACAGUGCAGACACCUACUGAACAGAGAGCAGCUGGAAAAGAUGUUCAUCUGGAAGGGGCAGAAAACACAGUGCAGACACCUACUGAACAGAGAGCAGCUGGUGAAGAACUUAAUCUGAACGAUUGGCACCACGUGAAAAUAUUCAAAGUGAACAUCCUUCUGGAUGAAAAGAAUGCGCACCCUGCUAUUAGAAUCAAUAAAGGAAAGCGGGCUCAUUACGUUAAAGAAAAAGAUACAGAGAAACCCUCUAGAACGCAUCUCCAUGUGUUUUCUGAAGAGAGAUUCAGUUCAGGACAACACUACUGGGAAGUGAAGGUAAAGGACGGAACAACAGAAAAACUGUCAUGGUAUGUUGGUGUGGCCAGAGAAAAUGUUGACAAAAGACCUGCUGUUCCUUUAACUCCACAGAAUGGAUUUUGGAUUCUUUCUUAUGAUAAAGAACAAGGUUUCCAUGUCAAUACCGACCCUCAACCACCAAUAACUGUGGCAAAGCUCACUAUUGUGGGAGUGUUUCUAGACUGUGACAGACACACUCUGUCUUUUUAUAAUGUUGAUACAAAGUCACUUCUUUACACUUUUACUGAUGUGAAGACAUCCAACUACUUUCCUCUGCUCAGCCCGGGACGAUGUGACAAAAUCCCAAUUAAAAUAAAUUGAAUGCAUACCAAAACCCCUUUCACCCCAGUGAGCCAAUUUGAGCUGUACUGCCCUGGCCUGGUUAAGCAGCCACUGUAGUUGCUGUGGCCGUGCUGGAAAGGACAAUGUGAAAUGAAAAUAUUAGGGGCAGCACAGUGUCGGUUGGGUCAGCACGAUAGUGUGAAAAGGGUCUGAGAUGCAGGUGAAAUUCAUGUCAAAUGAGACAUGCAUUAUACACAUUUUGUGUUAUUCAGUGAUACCAAGUUGAGUGUCUUUUUCCCAAAAUGUUUUCAGACGCCACAAGAAAAAGAGAGCACUAGUAAUGGUUUCUUUUGGUAGGCAGUAACUCCGCCAUGGUUUGUUGAACAAACCCUCUGGGAAAUUAAUGGCGUUUUGGUUGGGUUUAUGGAUAAACGUUGAAAAUAAGGCCUGUGGUAAAUGCAGGUUUAGGAGCUAAUCUUCAUCAGCUAUUCAGAAAAAAACACAAAGGCUUAAUUCAUAACAUCUAAUAGGAACGUUAUCUCAGAUCAAAAUGUAUAACAUCUCCUAAACCUGUGUUAACCUCAGAUGUUAUUUUCUGCAUUUAUCCCAAAACUCUUUUCUUUCCCCCUAAGAAUGGUUGAACGAACCAAAACUUACACAUACAAAUCUUUUAGGACUACAAGCUGGCGAGUUUUAUAAAACUUUAUCUUUUUUUCUAACUGUAGCUAGAAUUUGGAUAUAUAUAUACUGUGAAGCUACUGUUGUGCAAGUUAGCAAUACACUUUGCAUCCUUGAAUUCUGUUCAAAUAUUGUCCCAAUUAAUAAAUUACUGUAAUCUGUUGAUAA